CACGUGCACGUGGCGACGAGUGUAAUCGCGCAGGGGGAUGCGGAGACUCGUUCUUUGUCUAUUCCAUCUACAUAGCUUCAAGACUUCCUCAACAGGUGGUCAAAUAAACAGUAGCGUUGCCAGGUUUCUCCCAUGACUCAGACACAUGAUCCUCAGCUGGCAGUGCCCGAUAGCGUUUGCUUCCUGGACGUAACAUGUGCGCCAUGGUUCCCACCUACAGAAGACGGUAAGUUAUAUAAAGGGUUGGUUGUAUCGUAUCUCAUCCGCACCAUCCCAUCGUCUUAACCUCCAACAUGCCGAGCACCAAUGCAGGUAAUUCCAGCGCAGGUAAUCACGCAGCUGGUAAUGCUGGCGCAACGCAUCCCAACGGCAAGGCCAGGAUCCCCAUUAAGAAAGUAAAGCGGGUUCAUGGUCAUAGAGAGGAGAUCCCGUUACAGGCGUACCGCGAUGCAGGAGUGAACGUCAACCGCGGCUGGAACACGCUCGUGACGCCUGACGAGGUCGAGGAAGCGAGCGAUGCCUGGGAUGCUAGAGGCAUCCUGCACGACGUGGAUACGCAGUGGGGCGCGCUGCCUGGCGGCGGGGCAUACGAGGAGAGUAACGACUACUAUGCAUCAGGAAUUUACGACUUCUAUUGAAGGAUUACGAGUAGUAACUUCAUAGGCAGCGUGGAACAUGUACGAGUAGUGGUGAUGGUGUAUUGCAUAAGAGACUGCGUUCGCACAU